CAUUUUUUGAUUUUUGAUCAAAUUUUUUUGAUUUUAUGUUAACAUUUGAUUAAUAAAAUAUUCACGCACAAUGCAUAAUCGGUUUAAUUUCAAGUUUUUAAAAAAUGAAGAAGUGGAGGUUAUGCAAUUAUUGUCAACUGUCAUUUUAUAUAAAAAAAAAUUGAACAUCGAGUACAAGAUUUUUCUUUUUUUUAAAAUGUGGUUCGAAAUUUUGCCCAGUUUUGGUAUCAUUUGUGUUGUAAUGGCAGUUCCUCAUGCUUCUGCCUAUUUAAUUAACAAUUUAUUAGUUGGAAAUAUGUACCGAAGAACUUUACUCGAAAAAGAUAAUAGACGACAAUAUUUAAGGGAUAGGAGGUUGACUGGAAAUCCUUACAAAGUUCAAGGAUUAGAAGCUAUUCCCGAUGAAUAAAAUGUAUAGACAGCUGGAGGUUCAAGAGGAAUGUAGUGGAAUAAUUAUUAUAUUUGUAAAUUAUAUUAGAAUAUACACUUUUAUUAUUUAGAUAUUUACAUACACCCCCAAAUUUACAGGACCUGAAAAUAUGUCAAAACAUUACAAUUUGUAGUGAAACAGUUGUCAUUAGAUCUAGCCAAUAAAAAGAAAAUUUAAAGAAAAACACUAUUUUUUUGGUACCUAGGUUUCUUUGAAUUUGCUGGUGUUUGUAGUUUGUAUUUAUUUAGUUCAUUGAGAUAGAAUAAAGAGGAGAUAAAAUGAUAUAAAAACAUUUCAAUCCCUCAAUCUUCAAACAUAAAAUUAUUGACUUUAAAUAAAUCAAAGACUAGUUGCCAUUUUGAUUACACUUUUCAUUCAGUAGGAUAUUGCUAAGUCCACCCAUCUGUCAUAUCGCAAAAUAGUGUUCAUGUCAUCUCUACUUAAUUUUAUCUUGAUUUAUUUGUUAAAAGUUUACCUUAAUCUUAAAUGGAAAACAUAAAAAAAAUGAUGCAUACUAGUAGGAAAUUAGCAUUUCUCUAAAAUCGAAAUUGUCCUUUGUAAAUAAUAUGCUGCUACCCAUUUUAAUUAUUUUUUAUAAAAUUAAAAUGAGAACUCUCUUCUAGAUAAUUUUAUUUAAUAUUUGAUAUUUGACAUUUCAUGUCAACACAUUAUUUUAUUAAAAUAAUUUGGGAAUGAGUAGUACUUUGUGUUAUCAGAUAUGAUAUGGAAAUGAUUGCUUUGUAGUAUCAGAAUUAUCAUUUCUUAAUUAACCAUAGUUUAAAUAGUUUAGUUUUGCACAUAUUAUUCCUAUAGAAAAAGGCUUUACCACGACAGCCCAUAAAGGUUAAAUGUGAAUUUUACUGUAGGUGAGUUAUCCUAUUUAGAAAUUAGACAAACCAAUAUAUUAGCUGGAAAAUGAUAAAUUUUUGUCGAGAACAAAAUAAGUUUACUAGAGAUGAGCUAUGAGCCUAGCAGUGAAUUUUGGUUUGCCAGUCUACUGGUGACUAAUUUUAAAAUAUGGGUUUCUUAGUAGUUACUAGUGAUUUUAAUAAUAAACAAUUUUUUUGUUCUCCAGAGCAGCUGGCAAUGCAUUCUCUAUUGUUGAUAUAAUCAGUAGUAAUACUAUAAGUACUUCAAAAUAAUCAGGUUAUACAUCGAUAACUUGUUGUAUAAUUAUAAAGAGUGUCAAACUGACACGAUUUGUAAUUAUGCAGGAAGUUUGAGAUGUAUAACCGUAUUUAUUUUGAAGUACGUAUUGUAUUUGAUACGAUUAUUUUUUGAGUAAAUUAAGUAUAAUAAUAAUAAUAUCGUUUAUUCAGAAUUAACAAAAAAGUCUUACAUUUAACGAAGUAUUUCAUAAUAAAGAAUGAAUAAUUUAUAAAAUGACAAAAAAGAAAACAAAGUAAAUCUGAACAAACAGUUUAAACCCAGAAUUGUUUAUUUACUGGAGCCAAGAAGGCUGUGCGUAAAUAAAGUUUUUCACAUGGUUAAAAAUGUUUAAUAGAUAUGGUAUUAUGAUAACACUAAUAGAUUGGGUUUUAUGGUUAAUUAACAAUUAUAAUAACAAUUACCAUAACAAUUACUUGUAUAAAUAACAAUAAAAUAAAUGUAUAAACAGAGCGGCACAUAAAUGUAGGAGUAAUAAUUAAAU